AUGUAUGAAUUAAAAACUUUGCUACCACAAUUCGACAUAAACGUGCCAAAGUGCAUGUACGAAAUGAAGAACUUGAACACAGCCGUAGUUGCGGAGAAGGGCUGCCCCAAAAAAGUCACCGAGGUCAUAAUUUUCUUCUUCUAUUUCUAUAACAAUCAUAUUAAUCAUCUCAUGUUUGUACCAUUCUUGAAGGGCUUCUUGAAAUUCUUUGGUGCGACCACAGCGGCAACCACUGGCACUGUUAGCACGUGUUGUCCCCUUGAUUUGGAUAAAUUGGGUGCUCAAAUACAACAGAUUAUCAAGGUCUCUGGUGGUGAUGCUCAAACGGUGGUUAAACGCCAAGAGAAGGUGAUGCUUCAAUUGGAAGAACUGAAGAAACAGUUGGCCGGAAUCCGUUCAACAUUGGGUUUGUGUCAAAAAGGUAUUCAGGCAACUAGCUAUAUAUCCAACAACAAUGGUGGACUAAGAGAGGAACCAUUGCAUGAUAUUGUGAUAAAUGGACAUCCCAAUUUUAUACCCUAUGCCCUACUUGCCAUGAAAAAUGCCUGGAAGGAUUUGUUUACCAUUGAUGUGAAAACCUUUACCCAUUCCACAAUGAACGACAUUGGCAAAGAGGCUAAAGCAUUUGAACAGGCCCUAAAGAGUGUGAAAGUAAAUCCCGAUAAACCCAAAGUGAAUGUCACGCUGAUAUGGAAAAAUUGUGAACACACAGAAAUGAUCAGCUCUCCCACCAUGUAUGUUCCCAUUUAUGGCGAAGUGAAUAUUAUUCGCUAUUUGGGACGUGUUGGUCCCGCCGAGUACCGCUAUGAAAAUUCUCCCCUCUGCAAUGAAAUUGAUGUUGUGCUGGACAUUUGCUAUCAAUUGUUGCGUUGCAAUACCCCCAAGGCCCGAGCCAAUAUUAUUCGCCUGCUAAAUAAUCGCCUACAAAAACAACAAUAUUUCGGUGGUGACAAAAUGUCCAUCGCCGAUAUUGGCGUUCACAGUUCCUUGCGUCGUAUGCCUGCUAUAACUGAUAAAGAUUUAACUCCCGCCCUGCUGGAAUGGCGUAAACGUGCCGCUAAAUUUACUUUGAUUUAA